UAUUACUGUCGGAGACUUCUACCCUCCCACUGUCUAUAUGAAGUCUGGGUCACAACUGCUCCCCACUCAGUCACAUGUACACUUACACACUCGCAUACGCUAGUCCCAGCGGUCAUGGCAGCAAGUAGUUUUAACCAGGAAUAUAAGAAAAAUCCAAUCCGAAUGGAGAGUGGUCAGCUCCGUUUAGAAGCCGCGCACAACCGAACUGACGGAGGCAAGCCCAUCGUCUUCUGCGCGCUCAUCAUAAUGGGACUUUUUCAAGUCGUAUCCAAUCUUGGAAUACUUUUUUACUGCAAGUCUCAGGUCGAACAGCUGGCAUCCAACCUUGCACCUCAGGAUAACAAAAGUCACUGCCUGAGCAUUAUGUCUUGUCAAAAAGAAUCAUUCCCAAAGAAAGAAGAAAUAAAGUCUGAAAAUUAUAUUGCACGUGCUCGAACUUAUACCAAAAAACCACCACAAAGGCCAAAAUGUGAAUGCAAAAACAAAGUGGAGCUACCGUCUGCCCACCUGCCAAUCCUAAUUGAGAAAAAUUCUACAAAAGUUGAUGAUGAGACAAUGACUCGGCUGCAUUGGAUGAGUAAGUUUGGUGUAGCACACAUACAUAACUUGACGUACCUGGAUGGAAAAAUAAAAGUCAUCCAAAAGGGAUUAUACUACGUGUAUGCAAAGACAUGCUUCAGGCACAACCUUCAGGUAUCUGAUGAACUGGAGAAAAUAGACGAUGGGAUAGUGCUCCUACAGAAUAUUCACCACUUCAAGUACGCACGGCAAAUGAAAACUUUAAUCAUGAAAAGUGGCAGUGUGAAGCACUGGAAUAAAGAAAUACAUUUUCGUUUUUUCUGCAUCCAGCAAGGAGGGCUCUUCCACUUACACCAACACGAUGAACUGUUUGUGGAAGUUAAUUAUGCUUCAUUACUGGAUAAAGCCCCAGAGGCCAGUUAUUUUGGAGCAUUUAAACUUAGGGAUUUAGAGUAAGUUAUAUAGAAGAGAACAUUUGGUGUAAGAAAUUUUGCCUUAAUGAAAUGAACAUUUUCAAAGUGAUCAUUGCUCACAAUAAAAUGCUGUGUAUUUGAUUGUUUAUUACAUUGUAUUGGUUACAAUUUUUACAAAAGAUGUUUCAUGUUUUUUAAUGUGCUAUUUUAGGUUUAUAUAUUUGAUAAAACAAACAAUAAUUAUUGUUUAUUAUCUUAAUUGUGUGAAUUUUUUAAAAAUUGGAGGCUCAUUUGGAGUUUCCAGAUUUGUUAACUCAGCUAAAAGUCUAUAAGCCAGAUUUUCAAAAGGGUGCAUUAUUAGCACAUUAGGAGCUCUUGUAGAAUCAGUCCUAUUAAUUGAUAAGCCAGGAAUUGUUUCUUGAAGAGUCUUUAAAAUAGACUGCUUCUUUAAUUACUCUUUUGUUACAUGAAUAACCAAAGCAAACAAAUACAGCUU